AAAACGCAACCUUCAGAAAGAAAUCAGAACGCACACCACAAAUAGCCACAGUUGCGUUUUUUGCUCAUAACAAGAGAAAGAGAACAGAGAAGAUGGGUUCUGCUUCUCUGAUCAAUCCGUUGACAUCGUCUCUCUGCGCCCCCAAGUCAGAGCUCACUACACCCAAACACCUGUGGGUGGUAGGCCCCACUUCCACGUCGCUGAGUCUGAGGUCCAGCCAGGGCAAGAGAGGAGGGUCUGUUGUGUGCAAGGCCGUGUCUGUGAAGCCGGAGACCGCAGUCGAGGGUCUCAACAUUGCCGAAGAUGUUACUCAGCUUAUUGGGAAAACACCGAUGGUGUACCUGAAUAAUAUUAUAAAGGGGUCUGUUGCGAACAUUGCUGCAAAGCUUGAAAUUAUGGAGCCAUGUUGCAGUGUCAAGGACAGGAUAGGAUACAGUAUGAUAACUGAUGCUGAGCAAAGAGGACUUAUAAAGCCUGGACAGAGUGUUCUGGUGGAACCCACAAGUGGAAACACGGGCAUUGGUCUUGCAUUUAUAGCGGCCAGUAAAGGAUACAAACUCAUCUUGACAAUGCCAGCUUCAAUGAGCUUGGAAAGAAGGGUUCUUUUAAAGGCAUUUGGAGCUGAACUUGUUUUGACCAACUCAGCAAAGGGGAUGAAGGGAGCAGUUCAGAAAGCUGAAGAAAUAUUGAAAAGUACACCCAAUGCAUACAUGCUUCAACAGUUUGACAAUCCUGCUAAUCCUAAGGUACACUAUGAGACAACUGGUCCAGAGAUCUGGGAAGAUACAAAAGGCAAGGUGGAUAUAUUUGUUGGGGGAAUUGGAACUGGCGGAACUAUUUCUGGGGUCGGGCGGUUCCUUAAAGAGAAAAAUCCUAAAAUAAAGAUCAUUGGUGUAGAGCCGACGGAAAGCAACAUCCUUUCAGGUGGAAAACCUGGUCCCCACAAAAUUCAAGGGAUUGGAGCUGGAUUUAUACCUAGAAAUUUGCACCAGGAUGUCGUUGAUGAAAUUAUAGAGAUCUCAAGUGAUGAAGCUGUUGAAAUGGCAAAGCAAUUAGCACUUCAGGAAGGCUUGUUGGUUGGCAUUUCUUCAGGAGCAGCAGCUGCUGCUGCUCUCAAGGUUGGUAAGAGGCCUGAAAAUGCAGGGAAGCUUAUCACGGUGGUCUUUCCAAGCUUUGGGGAGCGAUAUCUCUCCACUGUUCUUUUCCAGUCAAUUAGAGAAGAAUGUGAGAAGAUGCAACCCGAACCAUGAACUUCACUUGUUCAAGCAAUUUAUUGAUGAUUAUGCAAAUUGUUUAUUUUUUUUUCCAACUUUGUUUUUCCUAUCACCGUCCAUAGAGUUUUUGAAUUUUUAGCAUCUCUGAGUUUUAUAGAUAGGAUGAUGGUAUAAGAUUCUUUUCUGUGACUUGAUAUUAGUAAAAGAACUUUGUGCCUCGAAUGGAUACAUGUGUUUUUUCA